CAUGGCCGAGCAAGCGCGGGGUAGCAUACCCCUCCUCCUACUCAAGACAAAGUCAGCCCCCACCGACACAUACGAGGAGCUGUUUCUCAGUUUCGACGGCGGCCGCUACGAUCCGGUCUUUGUGCCUGUUCUCGAGCACAGAUUCAAGCGAGAAGCCCUCCGCGAGGUGCACCAGCAUGUCGUCAACCGGGGCUUCGUGCCAAAGUCGCAGCAGGGCCUGGGGACCUACGGUGCGCUCAUAUUCACCUCGCAGCGCGCUGUCGAGGCCUUCGCCGAGGUCGUGGGGGAGAUUCGCUCCCAAGGCAUCCACCAAAUCGACGACGUGCUUCCAGAGAGCCUGCCGCUCUAUGUCGUAGGCCCCGCAACCGCCCGUGGACUGCGGUCCCUAGGACUCAAAUGCCCCAUUCUGGGCGAGGAGUCGGGUAACGGCGAAGCCCUCGCUGCAUUCAUCUUGCGACACUACAACGCCCUGUUUCCAGAUGGCCCCAACCCACCAGUACUGUUCAUGGUCGGGGAUAAACGCAGGGAUAUAAUACCAGAGACGCUCCAAUCAGGGCAGCUGGAGCCGAACACCAGGGCCAGAGUAGAUGAAUUGGUUAUAUACGAGACCACAAAGAUGCAGUCUUUCAAGGACAACUUCUCGGCCAUCUGGCAGGGCAAUGCCGCGAGAGGCUGCAAGCACCAAUGGGUUGUUGUCUUUUCUCCAACCGGAUGUCACUCCAUGCUCGAGAGCCUGGGCCUUUUGGAUCCCGCGACUGACAGAGCAAAGGCGUCUACCGAGCAGAGGGAUAUACUCGUCGCUACCAUCGGCCCGACUACUCGCGACUAUCUCAUACGACAGUUCGGCUUCACUCCCGACGUAUGUGCAGCCAAGCCUAGCCCGGAAGGCAUAGCAGAGGGCAUCAAAGACUUUCUCGAAAACCCGUCCAAAGGCAGCGAUGCCGCAGCUGGUACCAAGAGGAAGCCUGAAGUCGAGCCAUCUCCGAAGCGUCAGACAAAAGCACCAAAACAAACCACCAUUGAGGAGACGAUGGAUCUGGGCAAAGAAGGAGACGGAGAGCAUGUCGACGAAGACCUGGUCGAGACGAGUGAUGCGAAAGCAUUGUCGACUGGCGAUGACGCAAAGCCAGAUUCCCCGGGCGGCCCCGUAAAGGAAUCUAUUACCAAUGAAGGAGGCGCGGUUGAGGAAUCUUCCCAGCGCGAAAAGCAAAUACCGUCAAACAUCCUUGAGAAGGGCGUCAUCUACUUCUUUACCCGAAAUCGUGUCGGUAUCGAGGAUUCAGAAAGCGUAGGCGAUCUUCAGCGCACAUUCUUCGUCCUGCGACCCAUGCCACUGGGUGCCAAACUCGGCGACGGCCCGCUCGCGGAUAGCAAUAACAAUCGUUUGUUCGCACUUCCUAAGAAAGUCUUCCCCAAGUCGCACAACGAUCGCUUCAUGGCUUUUGUGGAAAAGGCAAAUGUAUCGAUCAAAGAGUUGAAGGAAAGCUUCUUCGGCGCGGACGAGUACAACACAAAGACACAGGGUACUCGGCGCACUGAGCCUGUCGCGCCAGUGGCUGAGGGCGUAUAUGCAAUCACACGUACUGAGGACCGCACUUCUCACCUCGUCUAUUCGACUACUAUCCCAUCAGAACUUGGCGAGGUGCAAGACGAUCUCGGUAUCAAGGACCAGGGCAGCUUCAUUAUCAGCGUCAAGAACCCUGAGCGGAGUGGACCUGCCCAGGCUCAGCUCCCCCAAAAACCCGAUUUCCCCAAAGAAUUCAUCGAAGAGUUUCGUGGCUUGGCUUGGGUCGAGGCGAAGCCAAAGUAUCUAGACUAUGAGUACUGUCAGAUUCUUCUCAUUGGUGAGAAAAUGGAAUCGGGCGUCGAGCCCACCACAAAGGAUAAGAAGCAUGAUAAGGAAACACCCCAGGAAGAGAUUGAGAAGCUUGAGCACGAAGAUGAGCUCCGUGUAGAGCAUCUCCACGGUGACGACUCCGUAUACGAUGAUCUCAAGAUCAGCAAGAAGGAGUAUCCUGAAGUUCCUACCACGUGGUAAGCUCUAAGAUGAGCAUGUUUCCUGUUUCAUGAAAACAAGCUGCUUGCAGAGCAUUGGCUACAGGCGUUCCAAAGGCGAAAGAUAUACUGAAAUCUGUGGAUUAUACCAAGAUCUGACACGGAAGUAUGGGUGAGCAUAAAAUUAUCUAGGACAGGCGUUACCAUGAGAAUAGGCUCAUGCACCCUAAGCGCACUGUUUUAAAAUCCAC